AUGCGGCUAUUCCAACAUCUCGACGAAAAGCUACAACACAUGGACCGAGAACUGGCUACAAACCCACAGUAUGUUCAGAAGGUAAUACAAGUUUUGUGUUUUAGAAUAGUGUUCCUUGUUGGAAUCCCGUUGAUAUCGUCAUUUUGCCGACGAUUUUACGAAAUUAUCACGUCUCUUAUCGCAAGUUGGGAUGAACGUUGUCUCGGUGUUGUAUCUGAUUGGCUGAGGGGAUGACAUUAACUUUUGUUUCCAUUGGCCCUUUGAUAAACUCACAUCACCCUCUUAACCAAUCAGCUGCGAAAAUAAUAACUUGUUUUCCAGCAUUUUUCCGCGUUCCAGGUAGUGUUCUAGUGUUUCCCUUGAGUACUCAGUGGCUCCACGUGAUAUUUACCUUUGUUUUGUUUGGCCUUUGUUCGCACUCUGGUUUGGUUCUACCAGAAUUUUUCUUUCCUUUUUUCUGUUUAGACCAUGGGAACACAUUGUGAUGAGGAUGUAAUGAUGAGUAGAAUGAGAGGAGAUGAAGGACUGAUGUGA